AAGGCUUUAAAGUUGAUGCUAAGACUAAAGGACAAUACCUUUCUUCCCAAAGACAGACCAAAAUUGCCUGAUAACUACACGCAGGAUACAUGGCAGAAGCUUCAUGAGGCUGUGAAAGCCAUACAGAGUAGCACAUCCAUUAAAUACAACCUUGAAGAGCUCUAUCAGGCUGUGGAAAAUCUCUGUUCUCACAAAGUUUCCCCAACACUCUACAAACAGCUACGUCAGGUUUGUGAAGAUCAUGUUCAAGCACAAAUCCUUCAAUUUAGAGAAGACUCACUAGAUAGUGUUUUAUUUUUAAAAAAGAUUAACACAUGCUGGCAAGACCAUUGCAGACAAAUGAUCAUGAUUAGAAGUAUUUUCUUGUUUUUGGAUCGUACUUAUGUCCUUCAGAAUUCUAUGCUUCCUUCUAUAUGGGAUAUGGGAUUAGAACUAUUUAGAAACCAUAUUAUUAGUGAUAAAAUGGUUCAAAGUAAAACUAUUGAUGGUAUUCUUCUACUAAUUGAACGAGAGAGAAAUGGUGAAGCUGUGGACAGAAGUUUAUUGCGAAGUCUACUGAGUAUGCUCUCUGACCUUCAGGUAUAUAAAGAUUCGUUUGAAGUGAAAUUUUUGGAAGAAACUAAUUGUUUGUAUGCUGCAGAAGGCCAAAGAUUGAUGCAAGAAAGAGAGGUUCCAGAAUACCUUAACCAUGUAAGUAAACGUUUAGAAGAAGAAGGAGACCGAGUAAUCACAUACUUAGACCACAGUACACAAAAACCACUAAUUGCUUCUGUGGAGAAACAACUAUUAGGAGAACAUUUAACAGCAAUUCUACAAAAAGGGCUUGAUCAUUUGCUUGAUGAGAAUAGAGUACCUGAUCUCACACAGAUGUACCAGUUGUUCAGUCGGGUCAAGGGUGGUCAGCAGAUACUACUGCAGCACUGGAGUGAAUACAUCAAGACUUUUGGAACAACAAUAGUUAUCAAUCCUGAAAAAGAUAAAGAUAUGGUGCAAGACCUCCUUGACUUUAAGGAUAAAGUGGACCACAUCAUAGAAGUGUGUUUUCAGAAAAAUGAAAAAUUUAUCAACCUGAUGAAGGAAUCCUUUGAAACGUUUAUCAACAAGCGACCAAAUAAGCCUGCAGAAUUGAUUGCAAAGCAUGUUGAUUCCAAGCUAAGAGCGGGUAAUAAAGAAGCAACAGAUGAAGAACUAGAACGAAUCCUUGACAAAAUUAUGAUAAUAUUCAGGUUUAUUCAUGGUAAAGAUGUCUUUGAAGCAUUUUACAAAAAGGAUUUGGCAAAAAGACUCCUUGUUGGGAAAAGUGCCUCCGUGGAUGCUGAAAAAUCUAUGUUGUCAAAAUUAAAACAUGAAUGUGGUGCUGCUUUUACCAGCAAAUUGGAAGGUAUGUUCAAGGAUAUGGAACUUUCAAAAGACAUCAUGGUUCAUUUUAAGCAGUAUAUACAGAAUCAAAGUGACCCAGGAUCUAUAGAUCUAACAGUAAACAUUCUCACAAUGGGAUACUGGCCAACAUACACACCUAUGGAAGUACAUUUAAAUCCAGAAAUGAUUAAACUUCAGGAAGUAUUUAAGACAUUUUAUCUUGGAAAGCACAGUGGUCGAAAACUUCAGUGGCAGACUACUUUGGGUCAUGCUGUUUUAAAAGCAGAGUUCAAGGAAGGGAAAAAGGAGUUCCAGGUCUCCCUCUUUCAGACGUUAGUACUUCUCAUGUUCAACGAAGGGGAUGAAUUCCGUUUUGAAGACAUUAAAAUGGCUACUGGUAUAGAGGAUAGUGAAUUGCGAAGAACAUUACAGUCUCUGGCAUGUGGUAAAGCACGUGUACUGAUCAAAAGUCCAAAAGGAAAGGAUGUAGAAGAUGGAGACAAAUUCAUUUUUAAUGGAGACUUCAAGCACAAGUUGUUUAGAAUAAAGAUCAAUCAAAUUCAGAUGAAAGAAACCGUUGAGGAACAAGUUAGCACCACGGAAAGAGUGUUUCAAGACAGACAGUACCAAAUUGAUGCUGCCAUCGUUCGGAUCAUGAAGAUGAGAAAGACUCUGAGUCACAACCUCCUGGUCUCGGAAUUAUAUAACCAGUUAAAGUUCCCAGUGAAGCCUGGAGAUUUGAAAAAGCGAAUUGAAUCUCUCAUAGACAGAGACUAUAUGGAGAGAGAUAAAGAUAAUCCAAAUCAGUACCACUACGUGGCAUAAUGGAAUCAUCAGACUGUCUUCUUUUAGCAGAACACUAGAAUGUAUCUUCAGAGGAAUGAAACACAUCUGUGCUGUCUCCAGGUCUCUCAGUGAUUGGACCAGCUAAGAUCCUUGUGGAUUAGAAGGAAAGGAAAUGAUUCUUAGAACAUCCUACAUAAGACUUAAGGAUUUUCAAAUGGCAUAUGGAUCUUCCCCACCCCCCUACCCCGCAUUCAUCUUGUUCUUUUAGGCAUUUAAAUUGUUUCAAUUGCUUUGCAGAGUAAUUUUGAGACUGAACAAGAAGAUAUUGGUGAAAAGUUCUUUUAUAAGGUCUUAUUCUUGUGGCAAAAGCCUGAAGGUUUGGUUUGUUUUGUGUGUGUGUGAUCAUGAAUGCACAAUUAAAAAGACCCUAUAUGCUGCAUUCUCUAGCUACAAAAAUUAUUUAGGUUUUUCUGAGUCAAGAAACCUUAGUUUGAUUGAAAACAAGAAUCCUUAAUUGAUGAACAUAGGAAGAAACAGUUUUCAAAACUGGCUGAUCAAUUAUGCAACCUAAAUACUGACAUCUGUUUGUUUCCUCUAUUUUCAAAUAGUUUUAAACUUUGAUAACUGAUUUUUUUAUAAAUCAGGUUUGUCAGUGAGAUCUCUGAUGUGCCAAGAGGAUGUUGUAUAUCUGAUGUGUUUAAUAUAGUGUAACAUCAGCAUCUUUAUUUUAGCCAAGUUAUUUGUGAAUUUUCUGUUUAAGAAUUUUGGGGGUUAGUGUGUUCGUGUUUACUCUUCUGAGAUUGAGUCUAGCAGGCCCUGUUUUUUGCAUUAGGGCAACUGCUGUUUGAUUUUUUUUUUUUAAUUGCAGUAUUUGUAUUAUUGCUAUAAUAAAGUUGGUUUUCUUUUUACAGUAAACACAGGGACAGUAAUUGUUCUCUGUGCUAUACCACUGUAAAGGGUUUUUUAGGAGACUUUAAAGUCUUGAUAUUGUGAAGCGCAGAGGGUAUUUUGUUGAAAGAUUAAGAGAAUUCUGUUGGUAUCUGGUUUCGUGUUGUAUAUAUAUGAGAUUGAACAGCAAAAUAAAUGAAAGUUCUGUAGUGAUGUUAGUAUGGUAACUAUGAAAAAGAUACUUUUGUGAUAACAUUUUAAAAAUAUUUCUUUAUACUUUACAUAAUAGCAUGUUUCAUUUUGAUUAAAAACUACCAAAGGAAUUUUGAUCAUGGUAUAAGUGUUAAAAGCAAUAUUUUCUGGAAUAUACCAAGUUUAUAUAAUUUGAUUUUGUGCAAAAUUAUUAAAAGUCUCCCUUUUUGAAACAUGCGUGCUUAAAGUAUGACAUCUUAUGGGUUUCCAUAUUAAAAUCCUCACUCUUUAAGUAUCAUUUCUAUAUUUGUAAAUUUUCAUUUGUGAUCUAUAUUAUAUGUGGUCUAUAAAAGACCAAAUAGAUUUCUACUUAUAUUUUACGGUCAUUGUGUCUAGAGAUUGUUAAUAUUGUAAUUUAAUGUAGAUUUACUUUAAAUAAAAUUAGUUUAAUUAGCCUUA